AUGGGUCUCGCUGAUCUUAGUCGACGUCUUUCAUCAGCAAUAAGAAAUUUAAGUAUUGCAACGAUUAUAGAAGCUGAUGUUAAUGUUGGUUUAGUUAAACAAUUACGUGAAAAUGUCAAACAAGCAAUAAGUUUAGAAGAAAUAGGUGUUGGUUUUAAUCGAGAUCGAUUAAUUCAAUUUGCUGUUGUUAAAGAACUUAUUCGACUUAUUGAUCCUGAAGUUAAAGCAUGGCAGCCAGUUAAAAAUAAAUCUAAUAUUGUUAUGUUUGUUAGUUUAUAA